AGUUGGAAAGGUUGUUAUUUGGUUAUGUCAAGAUGACUUCAUGAUGAUCACGAGCGAUUUUGGGCGGAGAGAGUAACAAAAUAAAAUCAAAGAAAGGUUGCGUAAAUAGUAAGAAAGUUAACUAACCUAACCUAGACACGAAAAAGAUUUAAAAAAUUAACACAUGGAAAUAAAUAAUUAAAACCUGCACUUGAUAUUGCAAGCUGAGUAAAUAUUCUGUGAUAAUUGUCGCAAAAGCCUGCGACUGAGGUGAGGUGAACACGUAACGUAAAAGCUAACAACUUUCUAGACACGCCGGUAUAAAAGAAACCUGAAAAAUUAUUCUCAUUCUUGUAAAAGAUGUGCCCUUCAGUACCUCACAACAUCUGCAUUAAGAAUUUCAAAUGAUAAAGUAAAAAAAAGACAAUGAAGCCUUGAAAAAUGAUGGUGGAGAUAAAACAUUUAAAUGAAAACCCAGAGAUGAUUUGUUCCAGGUGCAAAUGAUGUCGGCAGUGAGCGGGGAGCCGAUGUUACGUAGAGUCAAACAAGAGAACGAGCACCCGCCACAGUACUCCACCCCGGAGCCCCAGCCGCACAUCCUGCAUCAGCGGCCGAUGCAGAUCAUGCAGGAGCCACUCGAAAUAGAGACCAAGGAGGAGGUGAAGUUCUGCGUGUCCUCCGGCGAGAACACCAUAGGUGGAAGCACCAGCCCUGAACAGCAGCACUGUUCUUCUACCACGGCCGCGGCUGCUACAGGAACUACUGAUGAUGACGCUCCAAGAAGACUUUGCCUCGUAUGCGGUGAUGUAGCAUCAGGGUUCCACUAUGGAGUCGCCAGCUGCGAAGCGUGCAAGGCUUUCUUUAAAAGGACUAUUCAGGGCAACAUAGAAUACACGUGCCCCGCCUCGAACGAGUGCGAGAUCAACAAGCGGCGGCGCAAGGCGUGCCAGGCGUGCCGCUUCCGCAAGUGCCUGCGCACGGGCAUGCUGCGCGAGGGCGUGCGGCUGGACCGCGUGCGCGGCGGCCGCCAGAAGUACCGGCGCGCGCCCGACCUGCCGCCCGCGCCGCGCCCGCAGCUCGACGACAUCAAGGUGUUAGAAGUCCUCACAUCUUACGAACCGGAGAUGUUCAGUUGCGCUGCGCCACCGGCCGGGGUCACUGACCCCGCGGCUAAGACCCUCCACUUGUUGGCAGAUCUCUAUGACAGAGAACUGGUGGAAGUCAUCGGCUGGGCGAAGUUGUUACCGGGAUUUACAGAACUGCACCUCAAUGAUCAGAUGCGUCUGCUACAAAGCACAUGGGCCGAGAUGCUAAGUCUUAUGACGGCAUACCGCAGUAUGGGUGGAGGGUCUCCGCUGCGCCUGCGCUUCGCCAACGACAUGGCGCUCGACGAUCAGCAGAUGAGGGACAUCGGGGCGCACAGCUUGUAUACACAUUUGGCAGGAGUGACGCGGCGUUUAGAAGGCGCCGCAGCGCUUCGUGAAGAAUGCUACCUUCUUAAAGCGCUGGUCCUGGCGAACUCAGAGGCUCGUAUUGAUGAGCACGCCGCUCUGAGGAGGUUCAGAGACUCCAUACUGUUGGCGCUGAAUGAUGCUGUCGCUGUCCUCAGGCCGUACAACGCGAACGCGACGCUACAACAACUCCUACUGGUUCUGCCGGCGUUGAGGCACGCCGAUGUGGCGGUGCGCCGGUUCUGGUCCUCCGUGCACCGAGACCGGCGCACGCACAUGAACAAAUUGUUCGUCGAAAUGCUCGAGGCUGGGCUCCGGUAGACGGAAUACCUGCACAUUUUCAGCUAAUGUGACAUAGUUAAGACUUGGAAGUCUUAUGUGGCAAUGCGAGAUAGAGGCUGGGUUACAGUAGACUAAGCGGUGAAUGUGGCUGUGUUUUGACUCCUUAAAGUGUAUAUACUGCAAGAGAUUCAGUUUAACGUGAUAUAAGUGGAUUUGAAAAUUGGUCCUUCGAUACUGAGACAGCCUUACAGGAAAAUCAGUUCAAGUAGCUGUCUUGCGGUGUAUGGGCGACGUGGUAUGAAUGACUACUGCGACAACUAUCGUCCCACGCGGUAUCGAGACAGUAAAGGUUUGAUAAGAUUUUGGAGUUGGUUCGACAUUUUAAGACACUGUGCUGGAGUUUGAAAAAUAUCUCGUGUACCGAGAUAUUAAAGGCUAUAACUGCGAAAUUGAGAAAUGAAAGGAGAAUUUUUAAGAUCAAACAGGGUUUGGGUAUGCGGAACAAAUUGAUGAAAUUGGCUUGUGAUUUACCAUGAGUAACGUGGAUUGUUAAUUGAGGAUAAGACUGGAAACGGGGGCUUGAGUUUUGGACAAUUCGGUUAGAAGCUAACUUUUUGGUUGUCAAACUAUGUGUUUAACUUUAAGUGAAUCGUGCGUUGAGACACUGUUAAGUGAAUGCGCAGAAAACUACUUUUUGUUGAUAAAUGUAAUUUUUUUUAAUAUCUGACACCAGAUGUCUGUAUGAGAUGUUAUUAUUUAAUAUGUACACUUAAAAAAUACACCGUUUUGUUCUAUUUGAUCUAUUGUUUUGAUAAUUAUAUGAAAUUUGUAAAUAAUUUUGUAGAAUUGAACAUUUUGACAAUGUUAGAUCAUCUGGUGGCGAGAUUUUUAUAUAGAACAAUUCAGUCUUUAACAUGUCAUCGAUUACAGUCUUGGAAAAGUUAAUCAAGCACACAACGCGAAGAUACUUAGAAGAAUUGUUCUUUACCAGUUCAAAAGCUAUGAUGUACCUUCGACUAGCGUUGACACCGCGCUGGCUAAGUACUAACUGUCCGACAAAAUAAAUCGACCAAUCAGGGUGAAGGUUGCGAAAUCAAAACGCGCUGUUAUUGGUUGAUUUUAACUGGAUUCUGACUUAACGUCUUAGAUAAAUUUUAUAUUCCGAACGUUCGUGUCUGUCAACGAAUAUUCUUUAAAGAUGUAAUUAAUAAAUUUGAAUGUGCAUAGCACUCAAAUUUAUGUAAAUUGUUGUAUAUAGAAAAAAGAGUUCCAAACUCGAUUGAGUAGAUGUAGUGUAAGUAAACUUAGCCGGCGUAGUCGCGAAGGCGUCGGGGCGCGGCGAUUUCACACAUAUCACAUCACUUAUAUUUUUUUUUAGAAAAGAAUCAAUGCUGUGAAUUAUCUACACGACGCAUUAUAAAAGUCUCAAUUGGCUUAUGUAGUCGUCUUAAACAACAAAAGAGGUCGGAUGGAUGUAUACAGUAUGUGGUAGCGAAAGACUUCAGAAGUUUCGUUUAGAAAUUAAUAUAAUAAACACACAUAGUAAAGUUUCAGUCUAAUUAUCGCGCAAAUUAAGUUAUUUGCGAUUACCCUCACUCGCUCGGUUGACUUAAAGAAAAUUUAAGUUGAUGUGUGAAGACUGAUGCAACAUCCCAUUAUUUUAUUAUCAUUAUCACAAUGCAUUGAUGAGUGAAAUGUCAUGGCUGUGCAAGCAAAAUGUCUUCAUUAAUUUUUUAACACAAUUAAAAAAAAACACAACGACGCCGCGCCCUGCGCCAUAAAUGUACAAAAAGGACGGAUCUAGUACAAAACUUUACAUUUUUGUAUAAUAUUAUAAAAAUUAUAUCUAGUUUUACUUGCGGUAAGGGCCGAAAUUUGUAUGGUCGUGGAAAACAUGGUGAUUUAAGAUAUAUUUUUUUUUACAUCAAUUCGAGAUACUGAGUAUGUCCAUAUUGAGUUUUGUAGUUUAUUUAAUAUUUUUAAAUAACAAUUAAAUCUUAUUAUUUAGUAUUUUAAACAUAAAUACUAUAUCAAUUGGUGAUGGCAAUGACGUCAAAUUCGUACAUUUAUUUUUUUAUAUUUUACAUGGUCUUAUGGUGUCGCAAAUUGGGACGAUAUAUUGGGUUAAUUAAAAAAAAAUAGGAUACUUAUUUUAUUGUCUGAUAAAAAUGUGUUUUACAAGAUAACAAAAUUAUAUAAAACUUAGUUAAGUUUUUUCAAAAUUUAUCUGAAUUGAAUGUUUUACGUAUUGUAAAAUGGCUGUGUGCUCGUUUUCCCCGACCUUACGUUGGUGCCGUAUUCGGCGCCUUACCAUUAUACGUUGUUUAUGUUGACGACAUGGUUUUUGGUAGCUCGUAACUAGAAACUGACGCAGAUUGGCUAAUGUAUAUGAAAUUUAGUAAUGAAGUUUAAAAAUUUAUUGAACAGAAUAUAUUUUAAAAAUACGUCUACAUUUUGGUAGAUUUAUCUGCCGUCCGUACCAAUAAAGAAAGAAAAUUUGUAUAUUUGUUACAAUAAACUGUAAAAGUACCGACUUAAAUGAAAUUUAUCGCAAUGAUAGAUCAUUUGGAGAAGCGUUUCUUAGAAGCUUCGGCCAAAAGUCUUGUUGAAAGUAAUGUCAUGACAGAUAUGACAAUCUAGGUAUUUUUAUGUAUGUUAUUCAAACUGUUAGCGCUACAUGCUCAAUGUACCUAAUUUUAUAUGAAUUGUCUGAAAUAAAAUUAUUAACGGAAUUCAGAUAGUGUAUGCUGCAUCAAUUUCUAGUUAUGCAUAAAGGCUUCAUGUUUAAAAUGAUUUGUUGAACGAAUAUUUUGUUUUUAUAAGAAAUAACACCCUAUUUCUACGGAGAGAUCUAUUUUGUAGAACUGUUCCUCAGCAUAGACGUAGAUUUAAGUGUUGCCAUGCUAACGUAAUGUACAAUAUUGUUAAUACAAACAUACAAUAAGUAUACGCUUAAGAUUAUGUGAUGCUUGACCAAGAAAAUAAUUGUUAUUAUCUGUUAAUUUUUCCCCUUGCGAAAAGAAUGUUUAAGUACAAAAAUAAGAAUGAAAACUUCAUUUUAAUUUAAAAAUUGCCAGUUGUAAAAAAUCAUGAGUCUAACUAACGUAGCGAUUUGCUUUUCUGGUCAAGCUUCAGAUAUUAAAUAAUAAACAAAGGAACAGUAUAAAUACCUCAAUAACCUGUUACCAAACGGAAUAUCACAGAAAAUUAUAUUUAUAAUGUAAAAAAAUGUAUAUCUAAUAUUGAAAAUUGGGAAUUGAUUGGACACGAAACAAAAACUCGCGCCGUCCCUUUUGUUCGUAUGAGAGAGAAAGGGACGGCUUGAUGUGUAUUUUAAGUUAGGGAAACAGUAGUAACUGAAAACAGUUAAAAAAUUCCAGUGAGUUAUUUUAGUUGUUCAUGAAGCCGUAGGUAAAUUUUGAGACCUAAAACUUGAUGAAAAGAAUAUUUCGCUCAAAUAUCUUAUGUCAAUAUGUUUACAUGAAAUACAGGCCUGUUCCAAGAUGGCCGUCUAGCGCGUUUUUUUAGUACUUAUGUACUUAUACACAUACAUACAUUUUUAGUUCUUUUUGAGUUAUAAACUAGAUAUCGUUUUUUCCACGUAACACAUGCACAAACCCAUCUUAACCAACUAAGUCCCAGUUUAAUUAUUGUUUAUCUACGGCUCCAUGGUUUUUGUAGUUAUUCUUAUGUUAAGAAUAUUUACGUUGUUUAGUUUAAGUGGUUUUUAACCGUAUGUGGUAGUUUCAAGGUGUGUACAGUUAAUUACGUGCCAGAUAUAUUAGGAAUAAGUUAUAUAAUAAAAUACUACUUGUUAUUCGGAGGUUUUGUUACGGUGCUUGUUGUACUAUUUUGAUAAUUUGCUAUAUACGUUUAUCUUUUAUGCUUUUCAUGAGCGGCAAUUGUGUCGAGAAAGUGAUUUAUAAUGCAAUUUUUUAAUAUUUGUAGUUCACUACUUACAUGAAUUUGUGUGAUUUUUGAACCGCGUAGAAAUGUAUGCCACUUGACACGCACAUUUCUUGGAAUAUGCCAUACGCUAUUAUAACUUACUUAUUUUAAUUUUUCGCUGUGAGAUUAAGAGUCAUUGUGCAGUACUUGAAUCAUACUUCCUUAUUAUGUUGUACUGCCUAUGGGCAAGGCUUAACCGACGAUAUAAAAGGUGGUAUAUUUUUCUAUGUGGACCCCUGUAUAGUGAGAAUAACCGUUGCUGUCAGAAUGAAUGACACGAUUCUCUACAUUACCUACUAGACUAGUUCAUUCGUUUUUUUUUGUCUUUACAGUUUUCAACACUAUGUAAAAUUUAAUUUAUUCAUGUUCUGAACGGACUUGUGAUGCAACGUGGCAAUUGUGUUUCUUAUCGAUAUGCUUCUAUUGAUUUAAUAUCGACUAUCGAUUUAGAACAAUUGUCGAUAAUUCACCAACACUAUUGGCCUAAUCGCCGCCAUUAAGUUCGGAAUUAUUUAAAUAAUUAGAAAGCUGAUGUUAAGAAAUAAGUUUUAAUAGAGUAGUGAAUCGUACUCGUGUCUUAUUUAAUUUAAAUGAAUAGUACCUUGUUUCUUUACACACUGUUAUCGAUUGUGACCUGGUUCUGUAUAUGUGAAAUAAAUUGUAAAAUGGU